GUCGUAACCUUGUCCAAAUUCCGAUAUUGGUCGUAAUUAAAUAGGAAAAAUGUAAUGUGGCCGUUGAAUUUCGCAAUUAAAUUCGAACGAAAAUGGAUUGUGGGUUAUUUCGGGCGGUUUGUGUUUGGAUUUUCCUCGGCGCUGCCGUGUCUUCGCAAAGCACUCUGACCGAGAAGAUCCAACAGGACCCCGCCUACGCGGAAUUCAGCUCGAAAAUAUUAAGCAACAACAAAGCGGCCAUAUUGAAACUCCACUACGAACAACUGACGGUCUUCGUCCCGGAAAAUUCCGCUUUCCCCACCGGCGCCUCCUACGCCCCCCACCUGAUAUUCUACCACACCUGCUACGGCUACAAGCCCUUGGGCGUGCUGAAUACCACCCAACGAUUGCGCACCGCCCGCCCGGGGAAUCCCCCCUUAUGGGUGACCAGAAGAGGCGAGGACAUUUACAUCAACAACGCCAGGAUCAUACAGGAUAAAUCCAACUACGUAUCGAGGACUAUAGGGGGCCACGGGGGCGUUGUCAAGCGACAGGUUCUACACGUCAUCGACGCCAUCUUAGACCCCGUCAUCGCUUCACCAGCAUCCCCGCCUACAGCCUGGAACCUCCUGCAGGACAUCUCCACCUGGCGCUUCGGCGCCGCCAAAACCGUCGCGAAUUUCCUCACCAAAGUGCGGGAAACCAAAACCCAGUACGCCUUCGAUCAGACCGGCUCCGGGCACACGUUCUUCCUGCCGCUCGACGCCGGCUUCGAUCCCUACCAGUUCAACGCCGUCGACAGGGACAUCGUCUACGGGCACGUGGUGCCCUUCUACGUGCUGUUCACGGCGCCCACGCCGCGAGGCGUCUUCUACGAAUCGCUGGCGAACGACGACGACGUCUACGUGGUGCUGGCCGUCGAGGAGGAGCUCGGGAAGCACUACGUUAGAGGCCGCAUGCGGCGGGAGGGCGGCGAAAGCGGGGAGUUUAAAGUCGAGAUUGUAGUGGCGAAUAUACCGGUAGAAAAUGGCGUCGUGCAUUUGAUAGCGCGCCCGCUGGGGAUCUACCGGCGCCGGUUGCGCCCCUUUCCCUACGUGCCCAUUGCGGAGCGAUUGAGCGCCGAUCCGGAGACGGACAUGUUCUAUUCCAUGGGCCAAAGGACCGGUUUCAACAAGAUCUUCACCAAGCCCAACGUCAGCUUCACCUACUUCGUACCGCGCGACUCCGCCUGGACCGCCAUGGAACGCGCCGGCCUCGAACCGGUCGAAACCGAUUUGGAACUAUUAGGUAGGCAUUUGGUGAUAUCGGGAUCGCCCUAUUCGAUCGAGCAGCUGUCGUCGAUGACGAAGGCGAAUCAUUUCGGGGACGUGGAGCUGCCGUCGAAGGGGGGCCCGUUGCGGCUGAUGGUGCUCCGAUUGAAAGAUCGAUUCUACGUGCGUUGGAACAAUCGAUACAUCGAAAUCGUGCGGGCGAAUUACGAAUGCACCGACGGCAUCGUGCACGUGCUGGCGGCGCCGAUGGCGCAUCUGCGUCGGAUCGACGGCGAUGAUUUUUGGACGGCGUCGGGGCGGUUUGUGGAUAAAAUCGUCCGAUUGAUUGAUUGAUUUGUUGAGCGAAUAAAACGAGGUGUUACGUACG